GCGCGCACUGUUGAAGUUCAAAGUUCACGCAGCGCCAGUCCCAGGGUAAAAAUAGGAUAUCUGCUGCCUGCCUGUCCGAUGUUUCCCUGAGAGAGAGUCUCAUCAGCACAUUCAGAAGCUGUAGUCAUUACACAAAUACUGCGGAUGAAGACGAUGAUGACUUUCAGCUAAUCGCUCCUGUUUUUCUCUGUUAUUGUUGGAUUAAUGCUAGGAGCUAUGUGCUAACACUAGCGCGCUAACAGCGCAGAGACACUGCUUCAAGCUAACGACACUGGUGCUCCAAGUACACUUAAAGAAUACAACUAUGUUUGUGCAAGAGGAAAAGAUCUUUGCAGGGAAGGUGUUGAAAAUCCACAUGUGCACUAUGGACGGCACAGAAUGGUUAGAAGAGGUCACAGAAGACACCACUGUGGAGAAGUUAAAGGAGAAGUGCUUAAAACAUACUGUACAUGGCCUUGAGGACCCCAAAACUCUUACCCAUCAUAAACUGAUCCACGCUGCUACAGAAAGAGUUCUAACUGACACCAAAACUGUUGCUGAUGAAAAUCUAAAAGAUAAAGAUGUUCUACUGCUUAUCAAGAAGAGACCACCACCGACUGCUCCAAAGAUGGCAGACGUUAGUGCAGAAGAAAAGAAAAAACAAGAUAAUAAGGCCCCGGAUAAAGAUGCAAUCCUAAAAGCAACAGCAAAUCUUUCAACACACCACACUGACCGCACAGUCACUCAGCACAAUAUCAGAGAUUUUCAGACAGAACUUCGAAAAAUCUUGGUUUCCCUUAUUGAAGUAGCUCAAAAACUUCUUGCCCUGAAUCCGGAUGCUGUUGAACUCUUUAAAAAAGCCAAUGCAAUGCUGGAUGAAGAUGAGGAGGAUCGAGUUGAUGAAAUGGCUCUUCAGCAGCUCACAGAGAUGGGGUUUGCAGAGAGUAGAGCCAUCAAAGCCCUCAGAUUGAAUCACAUGUCUGUGACCCAGGCCAUGGAGUGGCUGAUUGAACAUGUAGAUGACCCCACAGUAGACACACCUCUUCCUGGUCAAGAGUCUUCUGCUGCAGCGGGGGCUACUGCUGCUGCCUCUGCGGGUUCUUCAGCCUCAGCCCCCAACCUCCUGCGUAGUCUUUCCAGUCAGUUAAGUACAGAAGAAAGCAGCCGUCAGGACGAGCUCACGGAGAUCUUUAAGAGGAUCAGAAGGAAAAGAGAAUUCCGCCCUGACUCUAGAGCUGUUAUUGCACUGAUGGAGAUGGGAUUUGAUGAGAAGGAAGUUAUCGAUGCUCUAAGGGUUAAUAACAACCAGCAGGAUGCUGCAUGCGAGUGGUUGCUGGGAGACCGAAAGCCUUCCCCUGAAGACCUGGACAAAGGCAUCGAUACCAACAGCCCAUUGUUUCAAGCCAUUCUAGAGAAUCCAGUUGUGCAACUGGGCCUUACUAAUCCUAAAACAUUGUUAGCGUUUGAGGACAUGUUAGAAAAUCCUCUGAACAGCACCCAGUGGAUGAAUGACCCAGAGACUGGCCCUGUCAUGCUCCAAAUCUCCAGAAUCUUCCAGACGCUGAACCGCACGUAGCCGUGUGACUGUGGCAGCUUGAAAGUGUGAGUGAGUGUGUUUUGAUGUUGGGCAAACUAGUUAAGGAGAAGUAAUAGUAUCAAAUAUGUUACACAUAAUACUAUUUAUAAUACAUAUACAUACAAUACAAAGAAAAUGUAAAGAUACGCAAAACUAAAAUGACAAUAUUUAAAAAGGAAAUGUGUCUUUUUUAUAUUUAAUAAGAACAAUUUAUAGUUCAGGCAGACAUGGUUUAUGAUAUAAUUUCUGUGGUAAAUUGACAUCAAACAUCCUAUUAAUGUUUACACUUCAAAACUCUUUUUGUAUGUUUUGCAAUAUUUAAAUAUCAAAUACAAUUUUGUCUUGUUAAGCUAUUACGUUUUAUUAGUGUGAAUGUUGGAGGAUUUUUCAAGGGUUUGUUUCUUUUCUUGUUCUGUCUUAUUCUAAUGGAAGUAGAGAGAGGUCCAAGCUCUGUGCUUGUUACGUUCAAAGUUUUACACAAUACCUCUUUCUGCAGUUGACUGUGAGAGGCUUUCUCCGAGGUACUGUAAUGAGCCGCCUCUCACUUUAUGCUCACAAUGUCCUUUUAGCUUAUUUUAAAAUAUUUAUUUAACUUUUCUUGCCUUUUAGAGGAAAUCCGUACUCUAUACUGUGUCUUAGUGUUUUUACAAAAAACUAUACUUGGCCUGUGUGUUUCUUGUUGGUGUACUUUUGAAUGUCAUAACAUAAUGUUGUCCUUCUUGAGCACUUGUCCACAUCUAUAACGUCACUGGCUACAGUUUUGAGGAAGAGAUUCGCCUUUUGCCUCAAGUGCUGCAGUUUGAGAUGUUCAAUGAAUCUGAGCCUAAUCAAAAGGUGUUUGCCUUUAACUUGGAAUGAGUAAAUACUUGUGUAAAAGGAGAUCAGCAUGAUAUAAAAUAAUUCAAUUGUUUCCAAUCUUUUGGUUACAUGUUUUAAUGAGAAGAGCACUAUGCUGUCAAACCAAAUCAUAUAAUAUCACUGUUAAACUUGCCUUUACUUUGGAUCCAACUUUUUUCUUCUUGUGCAAUAUAUAAAGCAUUUGUGUUACCUAU